GCGACAUGAAAUUAUCUUCCGUUGUGUUUAACGAAACUGCCAAUAAAUUUCCGCGAUUUCGGAGGUAUUUGUCGAUAAAAGCACAAAAGAAAAAUGGCAAAACUUGUGGACCUGUGUGAGAAGUAUUUUGGAAGUCGUAAUUUUUAUGAAGUUCUGAAGAUUCAGCAGAAUGCCAGUGAAAAAGAGGUGAAAAAAGCUUAUCACAAAUUAUCCCUUUUGGUUCAUCCUGAUCGCGUGGAUGAGACGACAAAAGAGGAGGCCACAGAGAAAUUCAAAGUCCUGGGGUUCAUUCACUCAAUCCUCAGUGACAAUGAUAAACGAAAAAUCUACGAUGAGACUGGACAGUAUGAUGAGGACAGUGAGGAGGUAGUCAUGAAAAAUUGGGGUGACUAUUGGAAGACUCUAUUCAAACCAAUCACUGUACAGGAUAUCAAUAAAUAUGAACAAGAGUAUAAAGGAUCAGAGACUGAGGUUAAGGACUUGAAACGAGCCUAUAUGGACAGUAAAGGAGAUAUGGAUUACAUCCUGGAAGCGGUGCCCUUCACAAACUGCGAGGAAGAGCCCCGCCUCCGGGACAUAAUAUUCAAACUGAUCGAGGCGGAGGAAGUGCCGGAAUACGAGUCCUUCACCAAAGAGUCCAAGAAGAAGAGCGACCGUCGAAAACGCAAAUGGGCCAAAGAAGCUGCUGAGGCUGAAAGACUCGAGAAAUCUCGAUUGCUUGACAACGAUGAAAAUAACAGUCGCUCCGAUGAUUUAGCACUGGCCAUUUUAAAUCGUAAUAAGGCUAGAGCUAAUCAGGCUGAGAGUUUCUUUGAUUCACUCAUCGACAAGUACGCCAAUAAGGCCGGCAAGGAAAAAACUACAAAAAAAAGUGCAUCUGCCAAGAAGAGGAAGGCAUAACAUAUUUUAGUGGGGGGCCGACAAUCGUUCAAUCAUUUUGACAACAUGCACCAUUAUUUAAGACAACACUAAACCAUAAACAGAUAUUUUUUUUCCUCUUCGUCUGAUCUAUUUUGUAGAGAAAUUAGUAAAGUAUUUUUUUGUUCACUUUUUUUUCUUCUCUUGUAAAUUUCAUUUGUAACAUUUUUUUGGAAUAAUUGUACUAUUUAUGAAUAAAUUGUUGCGGUUAGCUUUUGUAAUUGA